GCCCGUGCACGCGCGCACCCGGCUGACGGGCCGUGAUGCUGCGCUGUUAAAGGAUAAAUGACUUCACUUGGUGCUGUGGGGCUUCAAAUCAUGGACAUGCUGCGGAUAACACACACACACACACACACUCACUCACUCACACAUUGACCGUGGAUGCACAACAGGCUGCACAUUUUGUGAAUGACUGUUUAUAAGAGGCUGCUGCUUUACAUGGUGGAUCUGCUGUGUAAAAGAUUUUUUUUAGACUAAUAACUUCAUAUUUUUAAUGGUUGAAAUGUAGUCUUUUCACUCAGUUCGCGGAGAGACAAAUUUGAGGGGAUUUGAAAUUUUCGGAAACUAUUACAUAUUUUGGAUAAAUCGUGAAGGCUGGUGGGUUUUUUUUCGAUGAACCAAGGACAUGAGCAGGAUGCCCAUCAUGGAUGUUACACUGGAGGGGAUUAACCCAGCGACUCCAAAAGCUCUAUUACUGGCAUGUGUGACUCUGCUGUUCUCCGUCCACCUGUGGCGGUGGCUCGGACAGAGGUCGAUCCGCUCUCCGCCUGGUCCGUUCCCCUGGCCGAUCAUCGGGAACGCUGCGCAAAUUGGCAAUUCACCGCACUUGUACUUUACGCGCAUGGCGAAGAAAUACGGCAACGUCUUCCAGAUUAAACUCGGCUCUCGGACCGUAGUGGUGCUGAACGGGGACUCUAUCAGACAGGCGCUGGUCAAGCAGGGACCAGAAUUUGCCGGCAGACCGGACUUCACCUCCUUCCAGUAUGUCUCUAACGGGGACGGCAUGGCGUUUAACACCCUGUCGGCGUGGUGGAAGAUGCACCGCAAAGUGGCUCAAUCUACUGUCCGGAUGUUUUCCACCGGGAACCUGCAGACCAAAAAGACGUUUGAGUAUCACGUCCUCUGCGAGUUCCGAGAGCUGCUGAAGCUGCUUGUGGAGAAAACCAAGACGCAUCAAUUUUUUGAGCCCCUGACAUAUUUCGUGGUGUCCACGGCCAAUAUAAUGAGCGCGGUGUGCUUUGGGAAGAGAUACUCCUAUGAGGACGAGGAGUUUCGGCAGGUGGUGGGCAGGAACCAACAGUUCACUCAGACAGUCGGGGCAGGGAGCAUAGUGGACGUGAUGCCGUGGCUCCAGUACUUCCCAAACCCUAUCAAAACCAUCUUUGACAACUUUAAGAAACUCAACCUGGAGUUUGGCAUCUUCAUUCGAGAUAAAGUUAUUGAACACAAAAAAACAAUCCAGUCGAGCACCAUCAGGGAUAUGACAGAUGCUUUUAUUGUGGCUCUGGACCAACUGAGUGAAAAAACAGGAAUUAUAUUAGUGAAGGACUACGUGACCCCCACUGUUGGAGAUGUAUUUGGAGCAAGUCAAGACACACUGUCAACUGCACUGCAGUGGAUCGUCCUCAUAUUCAUCAAGUAUCCUGAGAUGCAGAUACGUCUCCAGCAGGAGGUGGACAAGGUGGUGGAUCGCAACCGACUCCCCUCAAUCGAGGACCAAAUGCAGCUGCCUUACGUCAUGGCCUUCAUCUACGAGGUGAUGCGCUUCACUAGCUUCAUCCCCCUCACCAUCCCCCACUCUACCACCACAGACACCUCCAUCAUGGGUUACACCAUCCCAAAGAACACGGUGGUCUUCAUCAACCAGUGGUCCGUCAACCAUGACCCAACACUGUGGUCCAAUCCGGAGACCUUUGACCCCGAGCGUUUCCUGGAUGAAAAUGGAACUCUGAACAAGGACCUGACCAGCAAAGUGCUCAUCUUCUCGCUGGGUAAGCGGCGGUGCAUCGGCGAGGAGCUGUCCAAGCUGCAGCUGUUCCUCUUUAUGGCCCUGAUGGUCCAUCAGUGCCACAUCAGCAUGGACCCAGCCUCGCCACCAAAGUUGGGCUACAACUAUGGUCUAACUCUGAAACCUCAUAAGUACUCUGUAGCAGUGACACUGCGUGAAGAUAUGAGGCUGCUGGAUGAGAUUGCCCUCCCUCAGGAGGUCCAGGACAAGCCGUCAACAGAUUCAUAAACAAAAACAUAAAAAAAAACAGGUGGAAAAAAAAUGAAGGCUGAAACACACAAAAAAAGACUCAUAAACUGAAGCUCAUGUUUUUGGGCUAAAAAAUGUAUUUAUAAGCUGAAACCUCAGGCUUAUCACUGACUGCUGACUCAUUCUUAAGUAGUGUCAGGCGGGAACAGAUGUGUUUCAAUGUGCCACGUCUCACACAACCAGUGGCUCACCUGGGGUGAAUCUAGCCUCUUACAACAAUGCAACGAAAUCUGACUUAGCAAUUAGCAUCUUCUUUUAAUUUUUCAAGGUGGUGGACUGCAGUAAGCUGCACAUCGGAUGGAGAUCACCUUCAACCAGACCUCAGUACAGGCAACGUUUGUGGUUACAGGAGUUCUAAACGGCAGCUGGAACACACCCUUGUGAUUUUAGUGUGAAUACCAUUGCUGCAAGAACUUACUGAACAGUAGAAAGAGUCAAGCUUAUGGUCAUAGCAUAGCUUUUGAUUAACAUUUUUGCUGUCAGAUUUAUAUAAAAAAUAAAAGAAAAGGAAUCUUUUUAAAUUUGGCUGAUUUAUCUAUUUUUCUAUUUUCUUCCCUAAACAAUCAAAAUUGGAGUAACAAGAACUUUUUUAUGUGACCAAUGUAAUGUCGGAGUCCUGACUGAUGCAGUGAUUCUGCAUGAAGAGGCAAAUAAGCUCAUGGAGGGCAUCUGCCCUUAAUGUCUGCUACAAAAAAUGUUCAGUACUAACAUUUAGUUUGUGAUGUAUAGUGUAAAGUUGCUUAGUUACUCAGGAAUAAGGCCUAUGACAUGCCAAAUAUUAUUUUACCUAGAAUGCUUUUGAAAAGUCAUCUAAUAUAUUCUGAUACCUACUGUAGAUGUUUGAAAGGACAAGGAGCACAAAGGGUACACCAAACAGACCUGCUGCAUGUGCUGUUUGCCUGCGAACUGCUGUCCAAUGCACGUAUGACCAUACGAAUAUUAGAUCAGUGUUAUUUAGUCAUUUAUGUCUCUUUUAUUUUUGUUGCUCAAAGGUUUUUUGUUUGAAUGUUGUAGAAUGCUGCUUGAUGGAAAACCUUUCUCUGUAUCGUUGUUUAAUUUCCAUGCUCAAAAUGCCAGUAACCAAGUUUUCUAUUUUUGUGUUGUUUUAUUAACAGAAAUAUACAUGCUGUCAAAAAUAGGGUUGGGGCACUGGGGCUGAUUUAAUUUUUUUUCUUGUUUUGUAGACUCAUUUAAUUGCUGUCUUACCAUGGGAGAUGAAUUCACUGACUGUAAAGUCUUGGAUUUGAGCAUUUGUUCUCUUCGCGCUGAAGCAAAUUUCACAUUAAUCUUAGAGACAGAACAGUUAAGCAGACGCUAACACACCUGGUAUACAUUUGUCUUAGUAAAUCACAAAUAUAUCCAUUGAUGAAACAAUGACCCUGAUGUGCAGCUUCAAAAGCAAAUGAACAUUACAGGAAGAUCCUGUACAUGUAAAAUCAUAAUCUUUAGCAAACUGAUGGUGUUCACCUGGUAAACCAAAUGCUACAACUUUUUUUGUCACAUAUUAAUCUGUAUUACAAAAAAAUAUAGGCUCAUAUCAAAACUUUAAGAAUUAUCUUUUGUCACCUGAUAAUUCAAACUUACAUUUGCUUAAAGUGUAUCUGUUCUUCAUAGCUAAUAUCCAAUAUAGUCAACAUGAUGGGGAUGAAUAAGUACCUAAAAUCCAAACAUUUACAGUGUCUUUACCUCAUAUGAUUGCUAUGUAGAACUAUACUAAAUAUUAAACAUGAAUUACUGCUCACUGUAGCAAUGCUCCUGAAGCGUUUGACUACAAAUAUUGUAACUUCAGCAAUGAUGUUGCUCUUGUGUGUAUGUUUUCAAUCUGCUUGCAAUCUCUUGAAUAAUAUAAAGUUACCCAAUAAACAGACACUUGAACUAUUA